AGGAAAUUAGAGUAUAUUGACACAACCUGCCAUGUUGCUGCUUUCUCUAUUGUAUAUCUCGGCUCACAUUUUGAACGUGGAUUCAAAAGCUGCUAAACUGCCGUUUUGCUAUGCUAAUUGCACCUUGCAUGACCACUCUCGCAAGAAAUACUUGGAGUCUGCAUUCCCUGAAGAUUUCAUAUCUGGAUCAGAUUCUUUGUUUUCACUUUUGUCGAAAGAUCACUCAAAAUACAUUGGAAAAAGGGAAUUUAUUUGUGGUCGAUUGUACUUUUUUGGAUUUACAAAGGUAUCAUACAAGGAUGCAGUGAUUGCCUGUGCCCAAAGACGCAUGCAGCUCAUGUCAAUCAAUGAUGGGCCUAAGCAACAAAAGUGCCUUGCUGACGCGCAUAAAUUUACGAAUACGAUCUAUGGCUGGUUAAAUGCAGAUAAUUCUGACUAUGUAUGGACCAGCGGUAUGGCUGAGGGGAGAUCAACGAGGUGCAAAUCUGUGGCGUAUUCGUGGUGCGCUAAAGCCUCGAGCAUUGUUGAUCCUGAGUUUUUCAACCUUUCCAAAGUUCAGUCAGACCAGAAGUGUUUGGCAGUUAGUCCUAAGAUGGGAAAUCUUGCUAGACAGGUUAAUGACAGGAGUUUUCCGUUCUAUCCCGUUCAAAUGCAAUGCUCGUCGGUCCUUGUAAAUUUUGCAUGCGAGAUCAUGAAUACUAACGUGAUUGACAUCAUUGGAAAUGAAUCACUUUUAAAGAUGAUUGAUGAUGGCGGAAAAAAUUGCAAACAGCCGAUAUGUGAACCAAUUACCUGCUACAUUGACUUGAAGAGAAUUGAUUUUAUUGGACAGCACGAUACGUUGAAAUUGAUCAGACCCCAACUCCUAGGACGUUGGGUCAAGUCGUGCAGUGUUUACUACCUGAUUCCAAAAAUAACUGCCACGUGGAAAGGAGCUAUUGACUAUUGCUGUUCGUUAGGAAUGAGAUUGCUGACCAUUUACUCUUACGAAAAACAGUAUUGUUUGGGAAAAGUCUUUGAACGAAAAAGCACGCUCUCCAGCAAAGACAUAUUUUGA